GCUGCCAGUAUUUAAUGUGUUAUUUUAGUUUUUUCAUUGCUACACUAGGCUACUUACUCUGGACUCACUGUCACAGUCCUGGGCUGGGUUUUCCAAAAGCAUCAUAGCACUAAAAUCCUCUUUCGUCCAUUUAGUUUCAAUAGAAUUAAGAUUAUUUUAGUGCUAGGAUGCUUUUGGGAAACCCAGGCCAGACCAAUUCAGAUGUAGACACCAUCUAAUGAAACAAGUGCAUAGGAAAAAUGUGAGGGUGAAGUGUUGCAAUUGUGGUGAGGGUGAAGUGUUGGAAUUGUGGUGAGGGUGAAAUGUUGCAAUUGUGGUGGGGAUCGUGAUCCUUAGUUCCUGGAGUGCCCUGUAAGGGUGAAUGAAAUUGAGGUUAGAGUGGUCAAUCGAAUCUCCUAUGCGGAGGUGAUCAAAAUAAUUGCGAUAACAAGUGAUGCCAGUGAAGAUAUGGUAGUGGAUAUACCAAUGAAGAUAUGGUAGUGGAUAUACCAGUGAAGAUAUGGUAGUGGAUAUACCAGUGAAGAUAUGGUAGUGGAUAUACCAGUAAAGAUAUGGUAGUGGAUAUACCAGUAAAGAUAUGGUAGUGGAUAUACCAGUGAAGAUAUGGUAGUGGAUAUGGCAGUGAAGAUAAUAUACCAUGUGCAUUAAAACGGUGGAUUUUGUUGCGUUCCUUGCCACAGUUAUAAACUGUACAGCAAGUCUCAGAGAAGUCGAAGAAACUGGACAUUAUUGUGGCUGCGGGAGAAACGUUUUUGGGACUCAGGGAUUUUACAUCUGAAGACUUGCAAGGGGUAAUGGUAAGGGAAGACCCACCCCCAGGUUCCCCUUGAGCCUGUGUAGGGGUCAGAUAUGUUUUAUUUUUUUAACUGAAAAGUUGUUUGAUUUAUUUUUGGUAGUUCCGUUUUUUUCUGUUUCCAUGCGGCAUCGUAGAUGGCAGGAUGCACAUUAAAUUGUGUGAUCGCAAAUAUACCACAGCAGAAGAAUGUGAGGUUGCGAAAACAAUGCCUCUCUCUUUUUGAAGAAUUAUCUAUUCACUGUGUCCUAAUUUUGCGUUUGGCAACUUCAUUUCAUAGCAUGUUACUUGUAGCCCGUCUAAAUCACAGUGUUUUUUUUGAGGACUUGGGAGACAAAAUUGAGACAAAUUUACGGUUUCAAAGAAAAGCUGACCCAACAACAAAAUGUAUUGGCAGAGGGAGGAAUCUCGAGACGACCGUUGGAAUAAAUAAAAAUAAAAAGUGGUCAUCGUUAGUCAUUAUCUUCUCCACGCGCACAAGGCAGGGAGAUCACCACCAAGAACAAUGUCAUUUUUAGUAACAAAACAUCUGGUCGACUAUGAAAACGGCAUACAGACUACUCUGGUGACCCUGCUAUGGCUGUGGGGAUGGUGGCUGCCCCCUGUCCUGCCCUCGUGCACCACGGGCCGGCCAGCAGAGUGCAAGGCUGCCCUGUCAGCUCCCGGUACCAACCUGGCGGGCGAGGGUUUCAACAUUGUCACCAUGGAGCGCAAGCAGGCCUAUGUUGUUGAUGUGGACAACUGGAAGACCCCAAAUGGAGCCUGUACCCUCUGUGUUAACCCUUUCAUGGAGGGCCAGACUCAGAGGCUGCCCGCGGCUGUGGUAGACUGGCGUCCCUUGCAUCAGUGUCACAUGAAGUUGUCCAGCAUUGUCUACGACUCCAGCGAGUCGUUUGUGAGCAGCAGCCAGACAGAUGUGGACGGCAGUUGGCAGAUUGGUCUGGACGUUAAUAUCCCCAAGGCUAAUGGGUCGGCCAUGGUGGGGGGUACCCACUCCAGAGCUGCCAAGACGGUGAUGAGCCAGUCCAAGAAGGACAAGUACAGCUUCAUCAAACAGGAUAUACACUGCUCCUAUUACAGUUACCGCCUGAUAGAGGACCCUCCCCUGCACCCUGAGUUCUCUCGCUCCCUGGGCAUCCUGCCCCCCCUCUACACCGACCAGACCAAGGUUCACUACAAUCGUUUCCUUGCGACCUUCGGUACCCACUAUAUCCGGAAGGUUAAACUGGGAGGGCGGGUGAAGGGCGUCACCUCACUGCGCGUGUGCGAGGCGGCCGUGAAUGGUUACAACGAGAACGAGGUCAAGGACUGCCUGGAGGCUGAGGCCUCUGUCGCCACCAACUGUGGAACAGCCGAAGCCAAUGCAGAGACAAAGUUCUGCAAGAGUGACCUCAAAAAACGUAACACCAGUGACACCUUCAGCAGUACCUUCAAAGAGAGGUUUACCGAGGUGGUGGGGGGACAGACGGACGGAACGCCCGACCUGCUCUUCUCCAAGAAUGGUGAAAAUUCCAAGGCCUUCGCUGAUUGGGCAAGUAGCCUGAAGACCAUACCUGAUAUCAUCAACUACUCCCUCCAUCCUCUCCACCUAUUGGUGAAAAAGGCCAGCAAGAGGGCGGGGCUGAAGAAGGCCGUGGAGGACUACAUCCUGAAAUACGCCCUGUUCAAGCACUGCUCUGGGAAGUGCAAGGGAAGCUCCAGGUCCAGUACCCAUGACUCCUGUCAGUGUGUGUGCCAGACCAGUAAGGAGAUGACCAGCCAAUGCUGCCCGCAGGAGAAGGGCUUGGCUCACGUGACCGUCACCGUGAAGAAAGCCAGGGAACUCUGGGGGGACAGCACCUCCCAGACCGACGGCUUCGUCAAGGUGCACAUGGGUAAAGACUUCAAGCAGACCAGGGUGAUCCAUAACAACGACAACCCCAUGUGGAAUGAGGUCUUCAAAUUUGGGACAGUCAAGCUCUCACUGGCCAGCGAGCUCAAGUUCACUGUAUACGAUGAAGACAAUUGGUCGAACGAAAUCCUAGGGGAAUGCAAAAUCCAGCCCGUCGAAGCUGGGUUUCACGACGAUAUGUGUCCUAUAACUCACGGCAGCCUGUUCUACUCCUACAAGGUCGAAUGCGCCCCAGGGCUUGGGGGCCACACCUGUGGGGAGUACGCCCCUUCCAGGAUGAACUCUGACCUCUCUUCCCUCUAUACCUCCCGCAACGCCCUGAACAUGACUCAGGAUCUGCUGGCUCAUAUCCGGAUGGGCCGGCCCCUAGGAGACCCUUUGACCUUCUUGGUGAAGCAGAGGGAUAAUGAUCACCCUGCCCUCAGUGAACCGUGAUCAAAACAUAUGCCCUGUAAUGCACUGUAAACCUUAGUCUGCCUAUCUAACCUUAAUGCAUACCAUUUCUAACCGCUUGUUCUUAAAAAAUAUAUAUAAAUAAAUGUAACCUUUAGUUACAGUGAGGGAAAAAAGUAUUUGAUCCCCUGCUGAUUUUGUACGUUUGCCCACUGACAAAGAAAUGAUCAGUCUAUCAUAUUUGAACAGUGAGAGACAGAAUAA